AUGAGACUCCUCUUUGCUACCAAUUGCAAGUUAAGUAAGGAUGAUGGAGCUCCUAAGACUGCUACUUCUAACUACAGAACUAGCCUACUGUCCAGGUUUAAGCAGAAACCAUCCCAAAUUCAUUUUUCUACUGCUAAGAGAGUCUUAAGAUACAUUAAAGGAACAAUCAAUUAUGGUCUAAAGUUUGAAAAGGUGGUUAGUAGAGAUUUGAUUGGCUAUUGUGAUAGUGAUGGGGCUGGAAGCUUAGAUGAUUCAAGGAGUACUAAAGGUUACUACUUCUCCUUCUACAGUGCAAUCUUCUUUUGGAACUCUAAGAAACAGAAGCUGGUUGCUCAAUCUUUAACUGAAACAAAGUAUAUCUCAACUGCAGCUACUGCAUACCAAGCUAUAUGGAUCAAGAAGAUUUUGGGAGAUUUGGGUUAUCAGUAG